AUGGCUUUGAAGGUGUUUGUUCAAAGCACUUUUGAUAAAAUGGUGCUUCUUGUGUUUUGUUUCUUCUCAAUAUUUUUAGUUAAUAAAGAUUUCUUACAUCUUGGAAUUCUAUCAACUACGCAUAGAGAGAUGCUGGAAAAGGUAAUAAAUGCCACUCUUCAAGCACUGAAUAGUAUAGACAUGUACAAUAAGAUAGUAAAACAGGUACCAGUGCUGUUGCCACCAAAACUUCUGACACAAGAACUCAGAAAAUUGCCUAAAUGGAGAUUAAUGGAGAAUGAAUUGGUUAGAGAUUAUAAGUUCAGAGAUUUUGAAGAGACAUGGAGUUUUUUGAACAAAGUUGCCAUGAGGUCACACUUAUGGGGCCAUCAUCCUACAAUUACUACUACCUACAACAGAGUUCAGUUCAGACUCACUACGCAUGAUGUAUCUGGUAUUUCCGAUGCUGAUAUCAUGAUGGCUUCUCGGAUUGAAAAAUACAUCAAACAAAUCGAUCCCAAGAAGGGCAUCCUAAUAGGGGAUAAAUAG